AUGGAGUUACGUGUUGGAAAUCGGUAUCGGCUAGGCCGGAAAAUCGGCAGUGGUUCCUUUGGUGAAAUCUAUCUUGGCACCGAUGUGACGGAUAACCAGGAGGUGGCUAUAAAACUAGAAUGCGUCAACGCGAAGCAUCCUCAGUUGUUGAUCGAGGCGAAGAUCUACCGAAUACUCCAGGGCGGAUUUGGCAUUCCUACGCUGAAGUGGGUCGGCAAGGAAGGCGACUACAAUGUGCUGGUGAUGCAGCUGCUGGGCCCAAGUUUAGAGGACCUCUUUAAUUUUUGCGGUCGUCGUUUUCGACUUAAAACAGUCAUCCUCCUAGCCGAUCAAAUUCUCAUGCGUAUUGAGUAUAUGCACAGUCGCAACUUUAUUCAUCGGGACAUCAAGCCGGACAAUUUCUUGAUGGGUCUCGGGAAGCGCGGCAACGUGGUCUACUUCAUCGACUUUGGUCUGGCCAAGCGGUAUCGCGAUCCACGCACUCACCUGCACAUCCCCUACCGGGAGAAUAAGAACCUCACCGGUACUGCUCGCUACGCCAGUAUUAACACCCACCUCGGAAUUGAGCAAUCGCGUCGUGACGAUUUGGAAUCCCUGGGCUAUGUGCUGAUGUACUUUUUACGUGGUAGUCUACCCUGGCAGGGCUUGAAAUCCAUCAACAAACGUCAGAAAUAUGAACGCAUCUGCGAGAAGAAGAUGGAGACUUCUAUUGAGGCCCUCUGCGACGGUUAUCCUUCCGAGAUGAUGGAGUACCUCAGCUACUGUCGGGGCCUCCACUUUGAAGCAAAACCCGAUUACUCCUACCUGCGUCGUCUGCUUCGGAACCUCUUUAAGAAGAACCACUUCACCCACGACAUUGUCUUUGAUUGGAACCUCCUCAAAAUAUCCGGUAACGAGGCUGGCACAAACGCAGCUUCUGUUGCCACUGGAAAUGGCAACGCCUGCCCCCCUGCCCACGAAGGCGGUGCCCAGCUCAAAGUCACUUCCGGAAACGGACACCAUCACACCAAUCAGGAGGAGGAGAAAGCUGAUCAAUCACGCAAUCACAUACCACCGCCACAAUUCCCCCAGCCAACUGCAGUGAGCAUUCAGCCACCCGCACAACAGAUGCAGCUUCAUCCCCAUGCUCUGCAACAGGCACAACAGCAGCAGCAACAGCAACGCGGAUUGGUUGGUCAUCAAGGCCAACCAAGUGGCGCUAGAACGGGUGCUGUUCUCUCCUACCUUCUAUCAAUGAAGACCACCACCCCGUCAGCCCAACCAGCUCCACCCCCACCACUUCCUGCAGUCGCUUGGAACACUAACGAUUCUGUAGACGCUGAAAACCCAAUGUGGCCCACAGCUGCUGCUGCUUAUCCCGCUUAUCCCGACCGCGGUGGAGCUGGUUCUACUCCGCUCAAUCUCUAUGUCGUCUCUGAUGCCAACUCCGCAGCUGCUGUUGCUGCCGCUGCCGCCAUGGCCCAACAGCAACAGCAAGUGCAACAAGCCCAGCAGCAGCAGCAGCAAGCUCACCAACAACAUCUUGCUGCGCUAGCAGCGCAUCAACAACAGCGAGCAGAAUAUCGGCAGCAAUUACGAUGGGUUGCCACCCACUUCAAUCUCGUUGGGGUGCAGCCCCCACAGUCACGUCCGACGAUGGGGGCGGUGGGUGGAGUACCGACAGCGGCACCGGCGGUUGCGGCGGGCGUGGGAGGACCGAAUGCGCAGAAUGUCGCGGCGGCAGCAGCUGCUGCGGCUGCAGCAGCGGCAGCUGCAGCCUCUGCGGACCCCCCAGUCGGUCGUCCCGGAUGUUUGCACUAG